AUGCGUUCACGAGCCCUUUCGCCAAUCACUUCCGCUAAAGCACAGCUCCGAAAAGAGAUUGGAUAUCAAUUGGGAUUGAUUGAAGAGGAGGAAAUCGAAAAACAAAGCUGGACCGUUCAACGAACGCUCAUCGAAUCACGUCAAUUUCAAGCAGCUCAAAGAAUAUCCGUUUAUGUGAAUACAAAGGCCGAGAUUCUCACUGAUCGAAUCAUUCACGAAUGUCUCCGCUUAGGAAAAGAGCUUUUCAUUCCACAUUUUCGUCGAAAAGAUCCUCGAAUGCGAAUGCUGAGACUGAAUGGAUUAAACGAGUUUGAGAAUCUUGACUCAACCCUUUGGAACAUACGUCAACAUUCACAAGACACAGAAGCUGAAGAAUAUGUGGGAACUGGUGCUUUGGAUUUAAUCGUGAUGCCUGGAGUAGCGUUCACGAGAAAUGGAGAUCGUUUGGGACAUGGAAUGGGUUACUAUGAUAAAAUGCUUGCCGAACACGAGGAUCUCUUUGGGAAACAACCGAUGAAAGUGGCGCUGGCUUUGAAUGAACAGAUUAUCCCAAAUGUUCCUCUUCAUCCAACUGACAUCUCUAUUGAUUCAAUUCUAUUUGAAGAGGAAUUGUCGAAGAAAGAAAUGACGAUGAGAAUUGGAAGAAGGGAUUCACAUCAAUCA